AAUCGCAAGGUCCAAAACCCUAAAAAAAAAAACCACACGGCCUCGCCGCCUCUCUCCGCCGCGAGCUCGCUCCCCUCUCCCCGUCGUCCCCGGCAAGCCAUGGCGUCGCGCCUCCACUCCUUCGCCCGCCCCGCCGCCGCGGCCUUCCUCCGCUCCGCAGCCAGCCGGAGCCCCGCCGGUUCCCUCCCCCGCUCCCUCGCUCCCGUCCCCAGGGCUCCCGGCGUGGGGCGUCGGAUGGCUCUGGCGCGGUCGCUGCAGCCUCUGCACAGCGCGGUGUCGGCGGCGCGGCUGACGUCGCGGCUGGGGGCGGAGGUGGCCCGGGCCGUGUCGCAGGGUACGCUCUGCAGUUCCUACCCGGGAGUCUGAGUCUGAUACAGUCUACUAAUCUUUGCAACGCUACAAGACGGGUCUCAGUGUCCCUCGAUAAUGAAAGAUACUGCUCCUGAUGGCAGCAGCAGCAGAUAUUUGCAAUACUUGGUUAUGUUCAAUAAUCAUUUCUGUUAAAUCGUUACCUUUAUUCAGGGGCACCUACUUUAUGCUAUAUACUAGCGUUAUGCUAUAUACUAGUGGCGCACAUUUGACCUUCAACCUUCCUGGUAACAGUUUUUUGUUUGAAUUCGGUUUGAGCUCGAGGUUUCAGAGAACCUAGUUGUCUUUUGUAAACAUACUGGUCGAAUUGGACCAAUUGCUGUUUUUCUCCAUCUCAA